ACGUGCCGUGAGGGGCGAGACAGAAAAGAGCCGCUCGGUUCCUGUUUGUGAGUAAACCUAAUCUGCGGUACUGCUGCCCCAGUUCGUGAUCGGCGAAGGCAACAGGUUCAGUGUGUUUGGGUUCGCCGUUGUCAUAAUACGCAAUCAGGACGAUCAAUCCAGCCGUCGGUCGGUGCAUUAUCAGCCUCUGGGAGUUUGCUCGAGAAGCCCACCAUCGGCAGAAUCUGGCCGGGGCCGGCUUGAGCUCAACACUGUCUGCGAAGAAGGUGCUAGGAUUGAAGAACCGGAACGGCAGGGGGCAAUCGGGUGCGAUCCGCAGCACCGUUCCCUUGAACCUGCCCGGCAACGAAGAAGCGAGACAGAUCAUGGGCACCGCUCCGCUGGUGCUACUGUUGGCGUCGAUCGCCCUGUGCUGGUGUCCGUCGCUGCUGGCCGGUGCAUCGGCCGAGCAUCAUAACACGUCACACACGAAAGACUGUUCCCGGUUUCAUCAGCAGUGCGUUCGCUGCACGGACACGGCGUGCAUCAAGUGCACCGACCUGCUGCGGCUGGACACCGGCGAGUGCUUGAGCGAGUGCCCGGCGGGCUAUGCGGCCCAAUGGUCCACCAUGUCCGAGGUGAUGGGUCGCGUUUGUCUACCGGUCGGCAUGUCCGGUUCGCUGUUGGCCGCGGUGGCCGGAAUCGCGGCCGGGGCCGUCCUGUGCGUUAUGCUGGUCAUAAGCGCGAUGGCGAUCAUGAGGCGCCGUCAGAAGCGCAAGAAGUACCGCGAAUCGUUCAUCGACGAGAACAUCGAUCGGUUGGAGUUCCUGCGUCAGCUGGACGAGUUGCGACCGCAGGCCGAGUACUUUCUGCAGAUGCUCAACGAUACGCGGCGCCAGAUCCGGAAGCUGCACCUGGCCGGGGACAGUACAGGGGCCGCCACCUACCACCCGGUGGUGCGCGAUCUGGCCAAAAUCCUGAUCCUGCUCAACAAGCCGAUCGAGUUGAUCAAUGCGCCACCCCACGACUGGCAGCGACUGUACGUUUGGGCCGAGCGCGUUCUCGAUCGCUACAAACCGGAACUGGCGCAGUUGAUCGAGUUUCUGCAGCAACCGGCCACAGCGCAACACCAGCAGCACUCGCCGUCAGCGUCCGAUCGGCGACUGGGUUCGUCGGAUCACUCGACGUUUAAGGCGGCGUUCCAUCUGCAGCAGCAAGCCGGAAGCGGCGGGAUGGUGGGAGCGGCACACAGCACCAACGAGAGUGACCUGUCGCCCAGCCUGAGCCGCAAGAACGAGCGCAAUCUGCUGCAGCCGGAGCUGAUCCAGCUGCAGAAGCAUCGCACCUUGCCGACGAUGCAAACGACGCACCAUUUCCUGGGGUCGCUCAUCAGUCUGCACGAGUUCGACGAACGGUCGUCCCACACGACCGAUACUAGCUCGAACCACCACUCCACCGGUGGCAGCAACCCGUUCGACGAUACGUUCGAUCACGUGCGCACCUACCUUUCGACGUCCGGCAUGAACGACAGUUCGCUCUGGCUGCAGGACGAGUUCUUCAAGCUGGGCUUCCGACCGCAGGACGAAAUCACGACCGAACUGUAGCCCCGCCGGGGACCUUCAAACCACCAUUCCAGUGCAAAUUAUGAACACAGCGCCCCACCAAUCGGGAUCCAAUAGACACACAGGGACAGGGAUCCCCGUAGGAUAGCGGUGGGCCCACGAUAGGCGGAUCAGUUCCGCGGGCGGUGGGCACACCGGUCACACACAGGGAGAAAGAGAGAGGCAGAGAUACACACUGUACUAGUCAGCUUCUAGCAGGUUCAGAUAG